CCAGUCACUUGACCCGCGAUCCGUGCUACGAAUUUCACAUUAGUUCGGUUCUUGUUUCGCCUUUUUUUUUAAUCUCUCCUUUAUUCCUGGGAUUAAGUUACGUUCUACGGUGAAGUGUGUUUUUUUUCAUUAGGAACCAUGUGACCCGGAAAACGAAAGACCCGCAGAAGAUCAUCGACUUGUUUACAGAUCGUCGCGGCCCAGCCGACUGUAGAAACCAGCUGAUGAUGACCGACUACUAUGUGCGAAAUCACUGACCCUAAGGAAAAAUUAUAGACUACAGGUAUCAGGUCCAAAUAGUCUGAUGAUCGUGCUAAACUAACCGCUUUAUCAAUAAAUCGUUAAUGCUCUUUCAAUCACUGAUUAUUGAUGAUUUAAUCACAUUAGUGAUCAACGAACCGAUACAGACAAUACAAAAUAUUCUGAAAUGAGAAGAACACUUAUAAAUAAUUCGUAAAAAAUUAAUACAAUGGAGGACCAACCUACGAUGGUGCUUGAUGCCACAGUUAGGAGUCAGGACUCCACAAAUUCGAGCAAUUCGAAGGAAUCGAAGAUGUCGAAAUCAUCCAAAGAGACAAAUAGCUCUGGGGUGUCGAAGGACUCUAAGGAGUCGAAAGCUGAAAGUUGUAUGGAAUCGAAACACUCAAAAGAUGUUCUCAUUUCUGAGAAACAGAGGCAUCAACAUCAUCAUCCACAUUCGCAACAACAUCUUCAGGAGAAGCAGCAGAGACAACGAAUAGCAGAGGCCAAGGAAGACACCAACGUUCUCAUGUUCACGUCCUGCGGACAGUUGCUUCUCGGAAUCGUCCUAGUCGUCUUUGGAAUACUAGUCUUAGUGCACGGAGCUGCUUUGGGCAGUACAGGGGCAGGACUCUGGGCCGGAGCAGGGGCCCUGAUAUCAGGAGCUUUAGGGGUUGUUGCAACCCUUGCAAGCAAAUCAGCUUCUGGCUUUUCAACCGCACAUCUCGCGUCGAGUUUAGUCGCCCUGGCAUUGUCGAACAUGUCAGCAAUUACAGCAUUGACUGCAGUGGUCAGAGAUUCACAAAGAUCCUCAGAAUUCACUCUCCUCGCCGUUCCAGGAGAGGACGGUCGUGCCGCAGAGGUCGAAGAUGGAUGGUCCAGACUUCUUGCGAGCAUCGGGCUGCUGAUCGCGAGUGUGGCUGAACUUCUGGUAUCCGGGUACAUCUGCGUGACCCUGACUCCCAAGCUCUGUGGCUGCUUGAGGUCCAACCCCGAGGAUGAGAGCGAUGGAAGGCUCAAGACUCGCAACAUGGUUCACCAAUGGGUAAUCGCGCAAAACCACGUGGUGCCCAAGAACCAUCAGCCGAUCUACGUGGUUCAGCCGGUGAUGCCGGUGCACCCUAUAAUUCAGCGUCCUUAUGGAAUGCACCCGCCUGGGAAGUACCCUGCCGGCUUCGUGCCAGCCGGGACUCUUCCUCUAGCAGCUCCUGGGUACGGCGCCAUGCCCAUUUUCCCGCACAUGGCCUACCCUAGUCGACCGCCCUCGCAAAUGGUGCGUCCAAGGCAUAAGCGGCAUUCCUCAGACGGAGAAGAAGGAACAGAACGGCGUCGCCACAGCGAAAAUAAGAGUGAAUCGUCAAAAAGGAUGACAUCGAUUGGUGAAGAUCAAAUUGAUUUGUCACAGACUUAUACAGGAUUAGACAAAAGAAUUUCCGAGGAGUUCAUAUCUAUUGCGAUGGAUCCAGAUCGGAAAUCCAAGGCCUCGAGCCACCACGGAAGCGAAAUCGGUUCCGGUGCUGCUAAAAUAAACGGCAACAUGCACUGAAUUCUAAUCACCAGUUCGAUCAGCUAUCGUCUUAUGUAAAGAAAACAACUUACCAUUAAAGUUCCGAUUGCGAAAGCACUCGAGAGAUAUUCCACUCAACUCCAGUUAAGUGGAACCAUUCUCAAAUCAUUGUUCCCAAGUUCAUUAAUUCCAUUUUUAUCAUUCCACAUUUCUUUUAACAAAGGCGAUCAUUAAGUUACCAAAAGUUUUCCACCUGAAAUAUCGAAAUGAUUAUUGUUAUUUAAAUACUACAAUUUUCAUGAAUAAAUUUAGACAAUGAAGUUUGUAGUUUAUAUAACUUCAAUGAAAGUACAAAACUAAAAUAUUAAAGAUAGGUUAAAAACUCUGGAAGCUAUAAGUUUUUAUUUUAAAAAUGACUAUUUUUUUGUUAAGAAUCUAUUAUGUUAAGAAAAUAUUUAGAGAUUUAAACACAAAGUGAAAAUCUUUCUAUUCACUCAGUAUCAACAUACGACCUAUUUCAUUUAACCUUUCGAUCUUUCGCAGCGCCAUAUAAACUGACCUUUUCAUAUUACUCUCGUCGAUAUUGUGCGUUCGAUACACUUAGAUACCUUUCGAUAUUUCAAAUUUGGUGUUACAGCUCUUGGAGACUUGAUUUCCAGAAAUUGGGCAUACUUAUGAAAUUAACAAUAAUAAUUUCUCUCCAGAAAUGUUUGCAAAUAAAAUGAAGCUUAAUGUUUCAAUAAAGAACACAUUUUUGACAAGAGUGUCGCGAACUCUUUUGUACUCUGUAAAAAUAUCUAAUUUUGUAUAUAUUAC